AUGGUGGCGACAAAGACCAAGCGUGGAGCAGAAGACCUCGAUAAAGCAGCGGGCAGUAAAUCCAAAAAAGCGAAGCGUGAUGACGACGAAGAGGACUUUGAAGGCCAUCAGUCGUCGGACAGCGGCGUGAAUGCAGACGAGCUCGCCGCUCUUGACCAGACCAAUGUGAUCAGUACCGGGCGAAGAACGCGUGGAAUUCGGGUCGACUAUACUAAAGUCCAGCAGUUGCCCGGCGAUGAUGAUGAUGACGAUGACGAAGAGGAGGAGGAGAAGCCGAAAAGAAAAAAGAAACCGAGUGCUAAAAGCCCGAAGGCCCCCACAAAGGCAAAGUCUAAACCCGCCCCCGGCUCUUCCAAACCCCCUUCUUCCAAAGCAUCCACAGGAUCCAAGACCAGGGCAACCAAGAAAAAAGUGGUGAAGGAAAGUAGCGAAGAGGAAGAGGCGAAGUCGGGUGGGGAGGGCGACGAAGACUGA